UCUUACAAUAUUGGAGGAGCGAUGAGUGACAAGGCUAACCCUCCAACGACAUUAAAUAAUAAAAAUUGGUUUCAGUAUUUAUACAAUUUACAGCUAUCUUAAACGAUUUACCUUUUUUGGAAAUUUUUGCGUAUUUCAAAAAAAUGUCAUAUAGUGCUUAUAACAAUCCUAGAAAUUACAUAUAACUUAUUCAUGAUAUUGCAACAUUAGUGAAAAUAAGCCUAUAGAAUGGCAAACCAAAAUGAUCUUAUUUGUAAAUUACAAGAAUUUUCUGCUCAUAACACCAAAGUCUCGUGUUUAGCACUUGGUCAAAAAUGCGGUGGCCGAGUGCUAGCUACUGGUGGUGCAGAUAACAAAGUUAAUUUAUGGGCUGUUGGAAAUGAAACAUGUAUCAUGAGCUUGUGUGGCCAUGUAACACCUAUUGAAUGUGUUCAAUUUGAUCAUUCUGAAGAAUUAGUUGGUGCAGGUAGUCAAACUGGUGCUCUUAAAGUAUGGGAUUUAGCUGCUGUAAAAAUAUUACGAACAUUUAGUGGUCAUAAGUCAGCUAUUAAAAAGUUAGAUUUUUAUCCUUUAGGAAAUUAUAUUGUGUCUGGAUCCAAGGAUACCAAUGUCAAGCUAUGGGACUAUAGGCAUAAAAAUUGUAUAUACAUGUAUAAAGGUCAUGAGGGACCUAUAUCUUGUUUAAAAUUUAGUCCAGAUGGUCAGUGGAUUGCAUCUGCUGGAGAAGAAGGUGGUGUUAAGAUAUGGGAUUUAAGAGUUGGUCGUAUGCUUCAUGAAUUUGAUGGACUCCAUAAAGGAACUGUAACAUCAAUACAAUUUCAUCCUUUAGUAUUUUUGCUUGCAAGCAGUGGUACAGAUAAUAAGAUUAACAUUUUAGAUUUGGAAAGAUUUAAUGUUGUUUCUCAAAUAGAAACUAAAAAAUCUACAAUAAGAUGUUUACAGUUUAGUGCUAAAGGAGAUGUUGUCUAUGGUGGAGGUACAGAUUAUCUCGGUGUUUACGGCUGGGAACCAACAAGAGUUUGUGAUUCAUUGGCUCUUAAUUGGGGUUCAGUUAAUGAACUAGCUGUCACUGAUAAUCAAAUAAUUGGUGCCACUCAUGUUUUAACUAACGUUUCAACAUGGCUUAUUAAUUUACCAGAAGGAUAUCCUUUUAAAAAUCAGUUUUCACCACCAGAUAAAUCACUUAAGGCCAGUAAUACAUUAUUUACCAGAGAUGCUGGCAUUAGAAAAAGUUUUAAUAAGCAAAAAACUCAAGAAAUAAUUAAACCAAAAGCCAAUAUGAAAUUAAUUGAUGAGAGUGAAACCGAAGUUGAAGAAGAUAAUCAAGCAGUUAUUAACAACGUAAUUGAUUAUCAUUCUGUUUUUAAACCUAACAGAACCCUAAACCGUAGUCCACCUCCUAUCUCACCAAUGUCAGAAGAAGAUAACUUGAGUCCUUUAAUGAACAGUCACAUUUCUAUUGAUGUGAAUAAAAAUCCUCAAAACAAAAUGCACUUGUCUACAUCAAUAGGAAUUAGUAAAGCGGAUGAAAGAAAAUACAGCUAUGAUAUUCCUCAAACUAUGUCAAUGCAUAGUAGUUAUUCAGAAGCUGAUACAUCUUCUAUAGAAUCUACUCAAUGUGAAUUAUUCCAGACAACACAUUCAAUUAAAGAUAAUAUUUCAACUGAAGGAAGUGAUUAUUAUAGUCCUCUGGUAAAUUCUUCUUAUAAUUCACCAAGUAUUAUUGAGCACUCUGAACCUAAAACCAAUCAGUAUAUAACAUCAUCAAUUUCAAUGCGAAGUGUUUCAACUAAUUUAGCUAAUGAGAAUGUAUCCAAACGUCCAUCUUCAUUACCAGUAUUUAAACAAAAUGAUAAUUUCAUUUAUGGAAGUAAAUACACUUCUCCACCAUUGCAAAGAAAAAUUUCUCAUGAUGAAACACCAUUCUAUCAGAAAAGAACAUUACCUUCUGACCAGUCUAUGAUUACGCAAGAUCAUAAAAAGACUGAAACAUUAAAUAGAAAGUUCAGUUACCCAUUAAAUGAUUUUGAAAACAUGAAAGAUAAUCUUAAUUCAAUAACUGAUGAAAAUGAUAUUAUUGAAUACCUUUCUAAAAAUCAUAGGUCUACAAUAGGAGUUUUAAAAGAAAGGCAACAUAAUCUAAAUAUCAUACAAACUAUGUGGUUAAAUAAAAAUUUUAAAUCUGCAGUCAAUUCAGCAGUGACUAUGAAUGAUGAUGCUGUUGUAGCUGAUAUUAUAUCUGUUAUAACUCAACGCCCAAAACUAUGGUGCCUUGAUGUUUGUAGUAUGCUGCUUCCUACUAUAUCAGAUUUGAUUCAAAGUGGAAAUGAAAUUUUCAUUGAUGUCAGUUUUAAAGCUAUUAGGGACAUAUUGCAGUAUUUUAUGCCAAUUAUAAAAAACAGCAUACAACGACCACCUUCAGCUAUAGGAGUUGAUUUAAUGCAAGAAGAACGAUACAACAAGUGUCUUAAAUGUCAUAAUGAACUAAUAACUAUUCGGUCAUUUGUAUUGAAAAGACAAACUGUUCAAGGUAGUUUGGGAAAUAUAUUUAGGCAAUUGCAUGUACUCCUGCAAACUAUUGAUAUUUAAGUAAUUAAAAAUUACUAAAUCAAAUAAAAGAAGUUAAACCAUAAAAUUUGUUCCUCGUCUAUUUAUGUAUAAGUAUUUAUGGAUGUAAAUAACUUAUUCUUUUCUAUUGGCAAGUUAUAAUAAAUAUAUUAUAUCUAUAUUUAUAUACAUUUAUAAUGUGUGUGAAUUGAGAUUUAAGUCAUUUAAUAUAUUCCUGAGAAAUUAAAUAAAAAUGUUG